ACCGCACGGAGCGGGGAGAAAAGAGGCGACCACCCGCCGCAAGCGACCGUCCCCCUGCGCGCCGCGCCGCCCGCGCCCUCCGCGCCAGCCAUGGUGGACGUGCUGGGCGGGCGGCGCCUGCUGGCCCCCGGCGGCGCCUGGGUGGAGGCCGAGGCGGCGCUGCAGAACAAGGUGGUGGCGCUGUACUUCGCGUCGGGCCGCUGCGCGCCCAGCCGCGACUUCACGCCGCUGCUCUGCGACUUCUACGCGGAGCUGGUGGAGCAGGCGCGCCCGCCCGCGCCCCUGGCCGUGGUCCUCGUGUCCACCGACGGCAGCGCCCCGGAGAUGGAAGGGUUCCUGCGGCAGCUGCCCGGCGCCUGGCUGGCGCUCCCCUUCCACGACCCCUACCGGCAGUGA